GUUCGUGACCUUAUUUUGACAGAUUCGUCAACUAUGUAGGAUAUCAUUCCAGUUAUCGUUCAACUUUUACCUUUUCUCAAUGGGUUCGUCACACUAUUGCGUUUGGGGCUCGUGCACCUCAUGGGAAAGUUGUUGUGGCAAUAAUGUUUGCUGCAACGACGUUGACUUCAAUUCUUUAUAUUUAACGGCUGCCAUUUUUGGAACAAUCAUCGUUAUGGCAUUGUGUUGUGCUUGUUUUUAUUGUAGCUCUCGACGAGUAUAUUCUCCAUUGUUAAAGAAGUAUUUAAAGAUUAGUUAUACUUUGUUGUCUACGCAGCAGGAAAAUAGAACGGGCCCUUCAACGAAUCAGGAUGCAACGAUGGAAGAUUGUAUUGUACAAAUAGAAAAAACAAAAACUGUACUUUAA